CCUCCUUCGUCGACGGUCUCGCAUCCGUCGUUAUCGAUCUCCACUCCGUCGACAUUAUUAUGCACCAUGACAACUGGCGCCGGUUCUCCUCAUGCGCUCGAUGUGAUCUCUCCUUCCGACAACCGCUGCCCUGAUAUCUUCACCGUCGUCUGCUUCAACCACAGCUUCCAGUCCGCCCUCGACUAUGCUACAAUCAAAGCCCUUCUCUACGUCUGCCGGCGAGCCCAGCCCCUCCUGAGCUCCAAGAUGUCUCGCCUCCACGAUUGGUGUCAGACGACUGAUCUCCGUCGCCCCGAUGGAUCGUUGCGGAUUCGGCUCACCCCUGCCGACCAGAUUGCCCUCUCGCUCCAUUGCGAUGAUCAAGCCACCCUCGACCGUUCCUGGCUCGUUGCUCUGGCAGAGCAGAAAAACGCCUCUGCCUCGUAUCUCCUGGCCCAGAUCAUGCAACACGAGAUCGAUCAGGAAGUACAAGUUGAGGAUGGGUCUGAAAGGAGGAGGGCCCGGUAUCAGCAAUUGUUUCAGCACCUUGAGAAUGCAGUCCGCUCAGGCCAUCGAAUCGCACAGUUCCAUCUGGCUGGCUGCUAUCACGAUGGCACCGGUGUCGACCAAGACCGCACCAAAGCUGUUGAAUUGUAUCGAGACCUUGCCGAGAGUGGAUUGCCUCAGGCUCAAGUUGGACUCGGUCGAUGCUACGAAGGCGGCGAAGGUGUCGAUCGAGAUUUCAACACCGCCAUCGAGUGGUAUACCAAAGCCGCUGAUCAGGGAUGCGAUGAUGGCCAACUCGACAUUGCGUUCCUUCGGGGCUGGUUCUCACUCAUCGGUCAUGGCGUCGAACAGAGCGACGAAACUGCCUUCCACCUCUGGCAGGAGGUCAGCACCCAGUCCAACAGCCCAGUCCACAAGCCCAUCGCCACCCAUAUGGUUGGAUGGAUGCUCUAUCUUGGCCGGGGUACCCAGCAGGACAAGCAGCGAGGAAUCGCGAUCAUCCGCGAUAACAAGUCAGACGAGUUCCCUCUCGGCGAAGAUAAUGGCCUGGCCUGUGGCUGGAACUACACACUGAAAUCAUCCGACUCGCCCGCAUCCCGCACGUUCUUUGAGCUGUGUCAGCUCGGAUCGGAUCGUGACUGGCUGUGCAAGCAUCUCAAGGCUGUGUGUCUGAUCAACAGAUUCGGAGCCCAGGUGGAAUCGGGACAAGCAGCGAGCAUCUUUGAGCAACUUUCCAACGACGGCCACAGCGACAGCCAGUUGUGGAUCGGGGAUUUAUAUAGUUCCGGUGGUGGGGAGUCGGAGGCAUUCGAAUGGUACAGCAAAUCGGCCAACAAGGGCAACUCGUAUGGCGAGUGGAUGGUUGGCUUUUGCUAUUACGAUGGGAUCGGCGUCGCCCAGGACUACGUCAAGGCAGCCGAAUGGUUCCGCAAGUCGGCCGAGCAAGGAAAUCGAUAUGGACAGUAUUGGCUCGCCAACUGCUACGAGUACGGCGAAGGUGUCGCCAAGGACAUUGACACUGCCAUCGUCUGGUGCCGCAGGGCUGCAGAACAAGGAGAGCAAGAUGCUGCCGUCAAUCUCGGGUUUCUCUGCCGGUCGUCCUGA